AUGAUUAUUAUUACAGACACACAUCGGCUUUUCUCCAGAUUCCAUUCACUCGUCUGUCAUUCUUUUUCAAUGCAUUUAUUUUAUUUCUUGUUCCUUUUUAUUUGUUCAUCAUCAUCUUUGUGUUCCAUCGUUCCUAUUUAUUCAUUUAAUUUUUAUCUUUUUAUUUCCCUUUCUCUUCAAGCAGAACUUCUCCGUUUCUUUUCUACUUACCCUCCCUCUUUCCUUCUCGCUAAUCUUUCUUCUCUCUCUUCGCGUGCAUUCUCUAUGGAUUAUUUGUUUGUUUUUAAUUAUAAAAUCUUAAUCUGUUUCCAUCACAAACUCUUCUCCUCCUUCCUUGUUGCUUACCAUUUCUAUCAGACUGCUUCUCCUCUCGCCUUAUUUUACUUUAUAUCUCCCUCUAUUCGUCGCUCGACCAAUCAUAUUGCUCUCUACAAUAUGCGAGCGGAUAAAACACACAUACACAAAAUCCAAGGCUUCUUGAUCAAUUUUUCUAUAUUCCUCAUAAAUAAAGUGGAAGCUCACUCUCUCUCUCCCUCUCUUCUCUCUCAUUCUCUCCCUCUCUUCUCUCUCAUUCUCUCCCUCUCUUCUCUCUCUUUCCCUCUCUCUCUCUUUCCCUCUCUCUCUCUUUCCCUCUCUCUCUCUUUCCCUCUCUCUCUCUUUCCCUCUCUCUCUCUUUCCCUCUCUCUCUCUUUCCCUCUCUCUCUCUUUCCCUCUCCUCUCUCUCUUUCUAUCUCUCUUUCUAUUUCUAUCUCUUUCUCUUCUCUAUCUCUCUUCUCUCUCUCUCUCUCUCUCUGUGUCUUCACUGAUGGGAUUUACCUGGCUGUUUGUUACUUCCUAUGUUUGAGGAGUUCAUUUAUUGUUUACAUCAAGAAAUCCAACAUUUCUUUUUUCUUUCCAUUUUCUUUUCUCUUUUUCAUUUCUUUCCUUUUUUUUUCUCGUUCUCUUUACUUUUUCUCUUUCUUUUUCCUUUUUCUCUUUCUUUUCCUCUUUUUUCCUUUCUCUUUCCUUUUUUAUCUCUCUUUCCUUUUUCAUCUUUCCUUUUUUCCUUUUCUUUUUCUCUUUUUUUUUCUCUCAUCUUUCCUUUUCUUUUUUUUUUGCAUCUUCUUUCCACAGAUUUCAUUUCUUCAUUAUCUGUGA